UCUUACCGUUCGCUUCGCAGCGGCGGAAACUCCGUACUUUCGAAUACCAAGUAUCUCACAGAUACUUCCGAGACUCCGAAGACGAGAAGUCGCAAUUCGCCCGAGAAGAACUCUCAAUAUAAAACCCAAACAAAUCGAAAAAUAUUCAAAUACAUUAUUUUUUUUUUGGUGCCAACGCAAGCCAAAAAAUUAAUUUGGUGUGGAUUACCAGUGGAAAAGUGAGUGCUAAAAUGGAUUAAACAAAGAUACAAAUAUAAAAAAAAAACAGCCCAAACAAAACCAAACAAGCUGAAUAUUGUCACACAACGAUUAUGGAUUAGUGCCUGUGAUUGUUCAGAACCAGUAACAGAUAUAAAAGCAGUUUAUAGGACUAAGGAGCCCGAGUUAAAUAUAAAAAAAAUAUCUCAAGGCCCGAGGACAAACAAACAGACAGCCGGGAAAAGGGAAAAGCGAGAAAGUGACACUUGAGACCCGUGUUCUCCCAGUAAAGGGGUGUUCAAGCACCAUGUUGCAGGCGAUGCAGCUGCUCCUGCUGGCCACGAUUGUGGGGCUGGUGAGGAGCUCGCCGUACACGAGCUACCAGAACCAGAGGUUCGCCAUGGAGCCGCAAGAUCAGACGGCGGUGGUGGGGGCCAGGGUCACGCUGCCCUGCCGGGUGAUCAACAAGCAGGGCACCCUGCAGUGGACCAAGGACGACUUCGGACUGGGCACAUCCCGGGACCUCAGUGGCUUCGAGCGGUACGCGAUGGUGGGCAGCGACGAGGAGGGCGACUACUCGCUGGACAUUUACCCGGUGAUGCUGGACGACGAUGCGCGCUACCAGUGCCAAGUGAGUCCCGGCCCCGAGGCCCAGCCGGCCAUCAGGUCCACCUUCGCCGGCCUGACAGUGCUCGUGCCGCCCGAGGCGCCCAAGAUCACGCAGGGCGAGGUCAUUUACGCCACCGAGGAUCGCAAGGUGGAGAUCGAGUGCAUUUCGGUGGGCGGAAAGCCUGCUGCUGAGAUUACCUGGAUUGAUGGCCAGAGCAAUGUGCUAACGGAUAACAUUGAGUACACGGUGAUACCGCUGCCCGAUCAGCGGCGCUUUACGGCCAAGUCCGUCCUGCGGCUGACCCCCAAAAAGGAGCACCACAACACGAGCUUCACCUGCCAGGCGCAGAAUACGGCGGACCGCACCUAUCGCUCGGCGAAAAUACGUGUCGAGGUGAAAUAUGCGCCCAAGGUGAAGGUGAACGUGAUGGGUUCGCUGCCCGGCGGAGGUGCUGGUGCAUCCCUCGGUGGGGCAGGGGCUGGAGUCCAUAUGGGCACCGGUUCCCGGAUCGUGGAGCACUCGCAGGUGCGACUGGAGUGCCGGGCAGAUGCGAAUCCCAGCGAUGUCCGGUACCGCUGGUUCAUCAACGACGAGCCCAUCAUUGGCGGCCAGAAGACAGAGAUGGUGAUUCGCAAUGUGACGCGCAAGUUCCACGACGCGAUUGUCAAGUGCGAGGUGCAGAAUUCCGUGGGCAAAAGUGAGGACAGCGAAACCCUCGACAUAAGCUAUGCCCCCAGCUUCCGGCAGCGACCCCAGUCCAUGGAGGCGGACGUGGGCAGCGUGGUGUCCCUGAGCUGCGAGGUGGACAGCAAUCCGCAGCCGGAGAUCGUGUGGAUCCAGCAUCCCAGCGACCGGGUGGUGGGCACCAGCACGAACCUCACGUUCAGCGUGAGCAACGAGACCGCCGGGCGAUACUACUGCAAGGCCAAUGUUCCCGGAUACGCCGAGAUAUCGGCGGACGCGUAUGUCUACCUCAAAGGCUCGCCGGCGAUCGGUUCCCAGAGGACGCAGUACGGAUUGGUGGGGGACACGGCCCGGAUCGAGUGCUUCGCUAGCAGUGUUCCGCGUGCCCGCCACGUGUCGUGGACCUUCAAUGGCCAGGAGAUCAGCUCGGAGUCGGGACACGACUACUCGAUCCUGGUGGACGCCGUGCCCGGGGGCGUCAAGAGCACCCUGAUCAUCCGCGAAAGCCAGGCCUACCACUAUGGCAAGUACAACUGCACGGUGGUCAACGACUAUGGCAACGACGUGGCCGAGAUUCAGUUGCAGGCUAAAAAGAGCGUCUCCCUGCUGAUGACGAUUGUGGGCGGCAUUUCGGUGGUGGCCUUCCUGCUGGUCCUCACCAUCCUGGUGGUGGUCUACAUCAAGUGCAAGAAGCGCACCAAGCUGCCGCCGGCGGACGUGAUCAGCGAGCACCAGAUCACCAAGAACGGCGGCGUGAGCUGCAAGCUGGAGGCCGGCGACCGCACCUCCAACUACAGCGACCUCAAGGUGGACAUCUCGGGCGGCUAUGUGCCCUACGGCGACUACAGCACGCACUACAGUCCGCCGCCGCAGUAUCUGACCACCUGCUCGACCAAGUCCAACGGCAGCUCCACCAUCCUGCAGAACAACCACCAGAACCAGAUGCAGUUGCAGCAGCAGCAGCAGCAACAGCAGCAGAGCCACCAGGGCCACCACCACCACCACCAGACCUCCAACCCACUGACCGCGACGACGACCCUGCCGAUGACCUUCCUCACGAACAGCAGUGGCGGCAGCCUCACCGGCAGCAUCAUCGGCUCCCGGGAGAUCCGUCAGGACAACGGGCUGCCCAGCCUGCAGUCCACCACCGCCUCGGUGGUCAGCUCGUCGCCGAAUGGCAGCUGCAGCAACCAGAGCACCGCCGCAGCCACCACCACCACCACGCACGUGGUGGUGCCCAGCUCGAUGGCCUUGAGCGUGGAUCCGCGCUACAGCGCCAUCUACGGGAAUCCCUAUCUGCGCUCCUCCAACUCCUCGCUGCUGCCACCACCCACUGCCGUCUAGGGUGGACCAGUUAGGGGGACGCAACGCCGCCAACCGCCAACGGGGACGAGCCCACCCACUGAGCCGCGCCAAGACUGAUCUCACAAGGAACCGGGGCCGCUGUAGGGGGGCCUCACUGUUGGUGGUGCGUUUUUUCAGCUACCAAAAAUUCGAAUUGCUUAGGUUUAGGCUCUUAGCUCACACACAUCUGAUUAUAUAGGCGUAAUCGUAGCAUCAUCAUUUAGGUCUAGGCUACUCCUUUUUUUUCGUAUUUGUCGUUUUUGUGUUCUUAGCUUAAGGCUCUUGUAGUAGGCUAAUACCCAGUUCGAUCUAGAGAGAGACUAAGCUUCAAAGAAUGAGUGUUAGGCAUUUACAGAAGAAACAGACAAAAAAAAACAAAAAACAAAAAUACUUAAAAAGAUUAGAGAGUUUUACUGCUUGUUGAGAGAACGCCUUAAAGUAAUGGUUAACCGAUUGGGGAUUUAACCUCCAGUUACAAAAUUGGCUUUUCCGGGGGCAGUUUGUGGGUAGUGAGAACCGUUUUGAACUGGUCCUCAGCUCUUCUUUCCAUUUUAUUUGCAGUACAUAAAAUUCUUAUUAAAUUCUAUCCUAUCUGAUAUUAAACUCUCAUAUUACCUAUCCUUAAACCAAACCUUUUCUAAUCCUAAAUGUAUUUCCAACCUAUAUUUUUCCCCAUAGAAGUGCCCCUGAAAAUGCUGCAAAAAAUAUAUAUAAAAACAAAUUCAAUUAUGUAUACACAGAUAUAGUAUAUGCUAAAUGUUAAAGAAUCUAUAUACAAGCAUAGACAUUCAGUUGAAUGGAUAGCGAGUAAGCGAACGAAAUGCCAAAGUACCUGAUAGUAUUUAAGUCGGGGGUGGGUGGCCCUCCACAAUGGUGACUUCCCGCCCCCUAUCAUCUUCUUCUGAAUCGUGUAGCAUUAUCUUUUCUCGCCCCGAACUUAGACUUCGAUAGUGCGUUAUAUGGUUAAAUAAAUAUAGAAGCUAGAUCUUGACAGUCGCCUUAACUUAUGACACGCCCAUACAUCUCAAGACGCCCAUGAAAAAAUAAGAAAAACAAACAAAAAAAAAAAAAAACAAAA